GUUUACCAGGUUAUUUACCCAAUAACGCAAUGUAAUGGUCCGUUGCCCUCAGGCAUGCACCUUCCAUGUUUUAUGAUGUUAAUCUGGUUGUAAAACCCCAUGAUCGAAGUGUCAUUAGAUAUCGAAAACAGGACCAAAAUUUGAGACAUUAGAGAUGUCAUGGUUAACCAAAGGGAUCACAUACGCUCGUCAGUUGUUUGCUAGAUCCAGCAGCUGUUCACAAUGCAUUACGCAGGUUGACAAUAAAACCUUGUUGGUGGAGUCCAUGAGGUGUAGGUCUGUGGGUCCAGAGUACAAGUUUCCAGCUCCAUCUCCGUACAAAACUCCAGGUCCCAACCGGCACGGAUACAAACAGAACUGGUUUGAUGGAGGAUCCUUACCAAGGGGUAUACCGACCAAGGUACAUGCUCUGAAACCCUACAGAGUGAGGAAGACUUGGGGUGCAACAAAGGCACUUUAUGGAAGAAAUGACAACAUAGAUAUUCUCGGGGACACAGACCUGACCCCGAGGGACCUUCUCCGGGCCCCAGCCUGGCUUAAGGGUUUCAAUGGCAACGAGAUGCAGCGGCUGAUACGUCUCAUGGGCAUGGAGGGGCACAAGAUACGUCAGCUCUACCCCACGUACUACAACCAGAACUGGCGGCGCAUCAAGUACCUGUACAAGAAGUAUAACCAACAUAGGGGCAAGCCCAUCACGAAUGUGAUUGGAACACAGAAGGUGUAUUGAUCCAGGUCUGUGUGUAGUUUCAGAUGACAGAAAAUCAGUGCUGUUGAUCUAGCUUUCCUUUGUAAUGAAGAUACCAUUUAGGUGUAUUUACAUGUAUUGUUUUAUCUCGGACUCCCUGAAAUGAAUGAUUAUUUCCAUUACAGAAGACAGUGUUAAGCAUAAAAUU